AGAGGAGGAAGAGCUUUAUCGUCGUCAUGUGAUUAUUUUAACGAUAAAAGUGUGGAAAACGCGUAUCCUCAGAAAGAGGAGGAGGAGUCCUGGUCCUGAGGUGGACCCACAGUCCUGUUCUUUGUGCCUGAAGGUCCUGACUGAUCCAGUCUGGACCAGCUGUGGACACUGGUUCUGCAGAGAGUGCAUCAGUUCAUACUGGGACCAGUCUGGUCCAUCAGGAGACUCCUCCUGUCCCCAGUGUGGAAAAAGAUUCAGAACCAGAGUCAGAACUGGAACCGGAACUGGACUGCAGAUGGACAGAACUGUACAAGAUGAACAUAAGCUCAGUCUGAGGAGCAGAUGUGAACGUGUGACUGAAGGAACUGAUGAAGAAGGAAGUGGAACCCAACUAAAGCAGAUCUUCACUGAGCUCUACAUCACAGAGGGACAGAGUGAAGACGUUAAUACCCAACAUGAGGUGAAGACGCUGGAGACAGCUUCCAAGAAGAAGACCAUCCAAGACAAAAGAAUCAGAUGUCAGGACAUCUUCAAAGCCCUACCUGACCAGCAGAACCCCAUCAGAGUGGUUCUGACCAACGGCGUCGCUGGAGUUGGAAAAACCUUCUCGGUGCUGAAGUUCACUCUGGACUGGGCAGAGGGUUUAGAAAACCAGGACGUCAGUCUGGUGGUUCUGCUGUCCUUCAGAGAGCUGAACCUGGUCAGAGAUGAGCAGUACAGUCUGCUGACACUGCUCCGUGUUUUCCAUCCAACAUUACAGAAGGUCACAGCAGAGCAGAUCAGCGUCUGCAAACUUCUGUUCAUCUUCGACGGCCUGGAUGAAAGCAGACUUUCACUGGACUUCCACGACUGUGAGGUGGUUUCAGACGUCACUCAGAAGAAACCAGUCAACGUGCUGUUGACCAACCUCAUCAAGGGGAACCUGCUUCCAUCAGCUCUCAUCUGGAUAACUUCCAGACCUGCAGCAGCCAAUCAGAUCCCUCCUUCAUGUGUGGACAGGGUAACAGAAGUCCGAGGCUUCACCACCGACGUCCAGAAGGAGGAGUACUUCAGGAGGAGAUCCAGUAAUGAAGAUCUGUGCAACACAAUCAUCUCACACAUCAAGACAUCCAGGAGCCUCCACCUCAUGUGUCAAAUCCCAGUCUUCUGCUGGAUCAGUUCUAUGGUUCUGGAGCACAUGUUGACUUCAGACCAGAGAGAAGAGCUGCCCAAGACCCUGACCAACCUGUACUCACACUUCAUCAUGGUCCAGACAAAGAGGAAGAAGAACAAGUAUGAAAAAGGAGGUGAGAUGGAGCUGACGGAGGCUGACAGGGAAGUUCUUCUGAAGCUGGGGAGGCUGGCAUUUGAACAACUGGAGAAAGGAAACGUCAUGUUCUACCAAGAAGACCUGGAGCAGUGUGGUCUGGACGUCACAGAUGCCUUGGUGAAGUCAGGAGUUUGUACCGAGAUCUUCAAAAGAGAGAGUGGACUCUUCCAGAAACCACUGUACACCUUUGUACAUCUGAGUGUUCAGGAGUUUCUGGCAGCAGUUUACAUCUACCACUGUUUGACCAACAACACAGAAGUAGUGAUGAGGUUUCUGAGGAGAGAAGAAGAAGAAGAAGAAGAUGAAGAAGAAGAAGAUGAAGAUGAAGAGGAAGAAGAAGAAGAGGAAGAAGAAGAGGAGUAUGACCAUAAUUCAACAUUCGAUGUCCUCCUCAGCUUGGUCAUGGUAAAAUCCCUCUCCAGUAAAAAUGGCCACCUGGAUCUGUUUGUUCGUUUCCUUCAUGGUCUUUGUCUGGAGUCCAACCACAGACUUUUUGGAGAUCUGCUGGGUCAAACAGAGAUCAGCUCAGAAACCAUAGAGGAAGUCAUCAACAACCUGAAGGAGAUGAAUACUGAGUAUAUCUCUCCUGACAGAAGCAUCAACAUCUUCCACUGUCUGAUGGAGAUGAACGACCACUCAGUCCAACAGGAGGUCCAAGAGUUCCUGAAGUCAGAGAACAGGUCAGUGAAGACACUCUCUGAGAUCCAGUGUUCAGCUCUGGCCUACGUACUGCAGAUGUCUGAGGAGGUUCUGGAUGAGUUGGAUCUGAAUAAGUACAACACAUCAGACGAAGGACGACUGAGACUGAUUCCAGCUGUGAGGAACUGCAGAAAGGCUGAUCUCUCUGGGUGUGAUCUCUCAGACAUUCACUUUGAAGUCGUGGCCUCAGCUCUGAAGUCCAGUCCUUCCCAUCUCACAGAACUGAACCUGAGUGAUAAUUCCAUGGAGGAUCCAGAAGUGGAGGUUCUAAGUUCUGGACUGGAGAGUCCAAACUGCAGACUGGAGACUCUGAGAUUGAAGGACUGCGGUUUGUCAGAUGUCAGCUGUUCUUCUCUGGCCUCAGCUCUGAAGUCCAAUCCAUUCCAUCUGACGGAACUUGAUCUGGGAGGAAACGACCUGAAGGAUUCAGGAGUGAAGCUGUUGUGUGAUUUUCUUCAGAGUCCAGACUGUAAACUACAGAUUCUGAGAUUGGAUUACUGCGGUUUGUCAGAUGUCAGCUGUUCUUCUCUGGCCUCAGCUCUGAAGUCCAAUCCAUUCCAUCUGAUGGAACUUGAUCUGAGUGAAAACGACCUGGAGGAUUCAGGAGUGAAGCUGUUGUGUGAUUUUCUUCAGAGUCCAGACUGUAAACUACAGAUUCUGAGAUUGGAGGGCUGUGGUUUGUCCGAUGUCAGCUGUUCUUCUCUGGCCUCAGCUCUGAAGUCCAAUCCAUUCCAUCUGAUGGAACUUGAUCUGAGUGAAAACGACCUGAAGGAUUCAGGAGUGAAGCUGUUGUGUGAUUUUCUUCAGAGUCCAGACUGUAAACUACAGAUUCUGAGAUUGGAUGACUGCGGUUUGUCAGAUGUCAGCUGUUCUUCUCUGGCCUCAGCUCUGAAGUCCAAUCCAUUCCAUCUGACGGAACUUGAUCUGAGUGAAAACGACCUGAAGGAUUCAGGAGUGAAGCUGUUGUGUGAUUUUCUUCAGAGUCCAGACUGUAAACUACAGAUUCUGAGAUUGAGGGGCUGCGGUUUGUCAGAUGUCAGCUGUUCUUCUCUGGCCUCAGCUCUGAAGUCCAAUCCAUUCCAUCUGACGGAACUUGAUCUGGGAGGAAACGACCUGAAGGAUUCAGGAGUGAAGCUGUUGUGUGAUUUUCUUCAGAGUCCAGACUGUAAACUACAGAUUCUGAGAUUGGAUUACUGCCGUUUGUCAGAUGUCAGCUGUUCUUCUCUGGCCUCAGCUCUGAAGUCCAAUCCAUUCCAUCUGACGGAACUUGAUCUGGGAGGAAACGACCUGAAGGAUUCAGGAGUGAAGCUGUUGUGUGAUUUUCUUCAGAGUCCAGACUGUAAACUACAGAUUCUGAGAUUGGAUUACUGCCGUUUGUCAGAUGUCAGCUGUUCUUCUCUGGCCUCAGCUCUGAAGUCCAAUCCAUUCCAUCUGACGGAACUUGAUCUGACAGGAAACGACCUGAAGGGUUCAAGAGCGAAGCUGUUGUGUGAUUUUCUUCAGAGUCCAGACUGUAAACUACAGAUUCUGAGAUUGAGGGGCUGCGGUUUGUCAGAUGUCAGCUGUUCUUCUCUGGCCUCAGCUCUGAAGUCCAAUCCAUUCCAUCUGACGGAACUUGAUCUGGGAGGAAACGACCUGAAGGGUUCAGGAGUGAAGCUGUUGUGUGAUUUUCUUCAGAGUCCAGACUGUAAACUACAGAUUCUGAGAUUGGAUUACUGCCGUUUGUCAGAUGUCAGCUGUUCUUCUCUGGCCUCAGCUCUGAAGUCCAAUCCAUUCCAUCUGACGGAACUUGAUCUGAGUGAAAACGACCUGAAGGGUUCAAGAGCGAAGCUGUUGUGUGAUUUUCUUCAGAGUCCAGACUGUAAACUACAGAUUCUGAGAUUGAGGGGCUGCGGUUUGUCAGAUGUCAGCUGUUCUUCUCUGGCCUCAGCUCUGAAGUCCAAUCCAUUCCAUCUGACGGAACUUGAUCUGAGUGGAAACGACCUGAAGGAUUCAGGAGUGAAGCUGUUGUGUGAUUUUCUUCAGAGUCCAGACUGUAAACUACAGAUUCUGAGAUUGGAUUACUGCGGUUUGUCAGAUGUCAGCUGUUCUUCUCUGGCCUCAGCUCUGAAGUCCAAUCCAUUCCAUCUGAGGGAACUUGAUCUGAGUGGAAACGACCUGAAGGGUUCAGGAGUGAAGCUGUUGUGUGAUUUUCUUCAGAGUCCAGACUGUAAACUACAGAUUCUGAGAUUGAGGGGCUGCGGUUUGUCAGAUGUCAGCUUUUCUUCUCUGGCCUCAGUUCUGAAGUCCAAUCCAUUCCAUCUGACGGAACUUGAUCUGGGAGGAAACGACCUGAAGGAUUCAGGAGUGAAGCUGUUGUGUGAUUUUCUUCAGAGUCCAGACUGUAAACUACAGAUUCUGAGAUUGGAUUACUGCCGUUUGUCAGAUGUCAGCUGUUCUUCUCUGGCCUCAGCUCUGAAGUCCAAUCCAUUCCAUCUGACGGAACUUGAUCUGAGUGGAAACGACCUGAAGGAUUCAGGAGUGAAGCUGUUGUGUGAUUUUCUUCAGAGUCCAGACUGUAAACUACAGAUUCUGAGAUUGGAUUACUGCCGUUUGUCAGAUGUCAGCUGUUCUUCUCUGGCCUCAGCUCUGAAGUCCAAUCCAUUCCAUCUGACGGAACUUGAUCUGAGUGGAAACGACGUGAAGGGUUCAGGAGUGAAGCUGUUGUGUGAUUUUCUUCAGAGUCCAGACUGUAAACUACAGAUUCUGAGACUGAGGGGCUGCGGUUUGUCAGAUGUCAGCUGUUCUUCUCUGGCCUCAGCUCUGAAGUCCAGUCCAUUCCAUCUGACGGAACUUGAUCUGAGUGAAAACGACCUGGAGGAUUCAGGAGUGAAGCUGUUGUGUGAUUUUCUUCAGAGUCCAGACUGUAAACUACAGAUUCUGAGAUUGGAAUGCUGCAUUUUGUCAGAUGUCAGCUGUUCUUCUCUGGCCUCAGCUCUGAAGUCCAAUCCAUUCCAUCUGACGGAACUUGAUCUGAGAGGAAACGACCUGAAGGAUUCAGGAGUGAAGCUGUUGUGUGAUUUUCUUCAGAGUCCAGACUGUAAACUACAGAUUUUGAGAUUGGAUCGCUGCAGUUUGUCAGAUGUCAGCUGUUCUUCUCUGGCCUCAGCUGUGAAGUCCAAUCCAUUCCAUCUGACAGAACUUGAUCUCAGGGAAAACAACCUGAAGGAUUCAGGAGUGAAGCUGUUGGAGGAUUUACUGCAGAGUCCAGACUAUAAACUAGAGAAACUAUGGACCGACAAUACGAUAUUAACUGGAAUCCCGAUGUGUCAUGGAGUGGAGACAGAGGAGGACACAUCAGAGUCUGGCUGUGGGGUCAAAGGUCGUCCUCCAGACUCUGACAGUGAACCUGGACCCUCAGAUAAACGAACUGGAGCUGACAGACAUGAACCAUGUCCGUCCACUUCAGACUUAGACCUGAAGGAGUCUGAGGACGGCGUAGAGGACUGUGUGGACCGAGACCCUCGCACCAGUCCUGAAGAUCCAGAGAAGCAGCAGCUCGUCUGCGCAGAGGCUCAGGCUGGAGCGUCCAACUGGGAGGAGUUCACACCUGAAGUAUCAGCUGAGUCUGGACUCACUUCAUACAGGUUCAAGUGUCCUCGUUCAGGUUUAUUCCAUUGUACUCUGACUGGACUGGUGUUUGUUGUGGAUCAGAGGGCGGAGCUGCAGUAUAGCAUUGACCAAUGGAAUGAGGUCCUGGUGGGGUCACAUGGUAGAACGCCUGCAGGUCCACUGUUCCGCAUCGAAUGUCCUGAGAACGCUGUUCACAAACUCCACCUCCCACACUGUGAGACAAAGCACGGUCAGCGCUCUGGAAGCCUGUCUGUCGCCCACAUCACUGACGAUGGAACGAGCUUCAUUGAUCCACUGGAGAUCACAGACACUCAUGUGGUCAUCGAUAUCCCACACCUGUCUGCCUUUGGCCUCGUCUGGCAGUUUGUAGAAUGGCUUAUCGGGAGAAGAGUCCAUGGCCAAGUUCUGCUGUUCCUCGCACCACCAGACCCAAAAACAGAAAGGCAGAAGCUAAAUAUGUUACUGCUGCCCUGCAACAUCCCUGUGAAAGAGGUCCAGAGAAAUCAGUGGAAUGCUAAACAGUACGUUGAAGCCCCUUCUAGAUGUGAACUCAUCAAAAACCAUAGUUACACUGUGGACUGUCCAAAAGCCUACAUAGUACAACCUAAGAAAGCCAAUUUUAUCAUGAACUUCGGACCAAAUUAUCACCCAACAUUUGAGAUCCGCCUUCCGAACAACAUGAACCGGGUGACUUUAACAGUCAAAGACCAAGAAAACCAAGAGAUCUGGGAGCAUGAAGUGCAUCUGACUGAUCCUGCUGUGAGUCAUCAGCUGAGGUCUCAGCAGAACAUCUCUCUAGAGGACAAGUUGUUUUCAGUUCGGUCUGAGUUCAUCAAACGUGUGUCGGAGCCGGUUCUGGACCAACUGUUGGACAGACUUUUAGAAUGGAGGUUUAUUAAUGACGGCGAAAAAGAAGCAGCUAAAACGAAACGCAGAGAAGAGAGAGCUAGAUAUGUGAUCGACCUGGUCCGACACAAAGGACCAGGAGCCUGUUCAUAUCUGAUAGAAAACUUCUGUGAGCUGGACCCAACCCUUUCACAGUUCCUGAACCUGAGAACUCCUGACCUGGGUUGACCCCCUUUGACCUGGUUUGACCCACGGGACGGACGCAUGCACUUGGACUGGGCCGUGUGUAUCUCUGUUCCAUGCAUCUCUCUCUCUCUCUCUCUCUCUCUCUCUCUCUCUCUCUCUCUCUCUCUCUCUCUCUCUCUCUCUCUCUCUCUCUCUCUCUCUCUCUCAGGUCCCUUCAGCGGUAAUACUAACCAUCUCUCUCUCUCUCUCUCUCUCUCUCUCUCUCUCUCUCUCUCUCUCUCUCUCUCUCUCUUUCUCAGGUGCCUUCAGCGGUAAUACUAACCUUUAGGAAUUGUACCGCGGUGUAUCGUUAUAACAGUAAUCAUUUCAUCCCUAGUUUUGACAUCAGUCAGACACAUAACAUCCAUUUUCCACCACAGGAAGUUCAACUUUACCCAGGAUUUAGAAAGACCUCUGUGCAUUUCCAUCAGAAUUCCCUGGUAAAAAUGUUCUCUCGACCCCAAACUUUCCUUACAAAAACUUCUACUAGGGGAGUGGAACUUUUCAGAUUCCCUGGAAUUUUUGGGGGCGGGGCAGUGUGUUGAAGAACGUUGAUUCUAUUACCAGAUAAAUAACUUCUUCGGAAUGUUGAUGGAAAAGAGGAUUUAAUAUGGAAAUGUAAUAAUAAUAAUGGAUUGGACAUAUAUAGCGCUUUCCUAAACACCCAAAACGCUUUACAUUAUUGACCCAUUAUUCAUUCGCUCUCACAUUCACACUCUGGUGGUGGUAAACUACAUUUGUAUCCACAGUUGCCCUGGGGCAGAAGCGUGGCUGCCAAUUUGUGCCUACGGCCCC